GCAGGUCUCGCAGCGUGCGGGUGGGACGGCGCCCGCGGGCUUGGCCGCAGGUAGAAGCCCGGGGCCGCGCGAGCGGGCUCAGCUCUCCGGAGACCUCGCGAGAGGGGCGCGGGCGAGACCCCGCGGGACGGCCGUUGUGAGCGCAGUGUUGCGGGCCUGGCCUUGCGCUGGACCGAGCCCGCGGGGUGCGGGCCCGGGGGCCGAGGCCGCGCGCCGCGAGGACGAGCCGCCACGCCACGCUGCGAGUCCUAAAGGCGAGCCCGCGGGACCCGGCCGCUCCCUCUAGGCCACGCCCCAGCCUGGGAAGAUGGAGGGAGACCAGCGGACCAGUCCGCCCACCCGGGGCCUGCUUCCCGACGGCCACUUGGUCCUGUGGACGCUGUGCUCCGUGCUGCUGCCGGUGCUGAUCACCUUGUGGUGUAGCCUUCAGCGCUCGCGCCGGCAGCUGCAUCGCAGGGACAUCUUCCGCAAGAGCAAGCACGGCUGGCGUGACACCGACCUGUUCAGCCACCCCACCUACUGCUGCGUGUGCGCGCAGCACAUCCUGCAGGGAGCCUUCUGCGACUGCUGUGGGCUCCGCGUGGACGAGGGCUGUCUCAAGAAGGCGGACAAGCGCUUCCAGUGCAAGGAGAUCAUGCUCAAGAACGACAGCCGGGCCGCAGAUGCCAUGCCUCACCACUGGAUCCGCGGCAACGUGCCCCUGUGCUCUUCCUGUGUCGUCUGCAAGCAGCAGUGCGGCAGCCAGCCGAAGCUCUGCGAUUACAGAUGUGUUUGGUGCCAGAAAACAGUCCAUGAUGAGUGCAUGAAGAGCAGCUUAAAGAAUGAAAAGUGUGAUUUUGGAGAAUUCAAGAAUCUCAUCAUCCCACCAGGUUAUUUAACUUCCAUUAACCAGAUGCGUAAAGACAAAAAGACCGAUUAUGAAGCGCUAGCUUCUAAGUUUGGAAAGCAGUGGACCCCAUUAAUAAUCCUGGCCAACUCUCGGAGCGGAACCAACAUGGGAGAAGGACUUUUGGGAGAGUUUAGGAUCCUGUUAAAUCCAGUCCAGGUGUUUGAUGUAACUAAGACACCCCCGAUCAAAGCCCUACAGCUGUGCACUCUUCUUCCUUAUCACUCAGUUCGCGUCCUUGUCUGUGGAGGAGACGGCACUGUGGGCUGGGUCCUCGAUGCAGUUGAUGAAAUGAAGAUUAAGGGACAAGAAAAGUACAUUCCACAGGUUGCAGUCUUACCCCUGGGAACAGGCAACGAUCUGUCCAAUACCCUGGGCUGGGGUACAGGCUAUGCUGGAGAAAUCCCGGUUGCACAGGUCUUGAGGAAUGUAAUGGAAGCAGACGGAGUCAAACUAGACCGAUGGAAAGUGCAGGUAACAAACAAAGGAUACUACAAUUUAAGAAAACCCAAGGAGUUCACAAUGAACAACUACUUCUCUAUUGGACCCGAUGCCCUCAUGGCUCUCAAUUUUCACGCUCAUCGUGAGAAGGCGCCGUCUCUGUUUUCCAGCAGAAUUCUUAACAAGGCUGUUUAUUUAUUCUAUGGAACUAAAGAUUGUUUAGUGCAAGAAUGUAAAGAUCUGAAUAAAAAAAUUGAGCUAGAACUGGAUGGUGAGCGAGUUGAACUGCCUAACUUGGAAGGUAUUAUUGUUCUGAACAUUGGAUACUGGGGCGGUGGCUGCAGACUGUGGGAAGGAAUGGGAGAUGAGACUUACCCUCUAGCCAGGCAUGAUGAUGGUUUACUGGAAGUAGUUGGAGUGUACGGGUCUUUCCACUGUGCUCAAAUCCAAGUGAAACUGGCCAACCCUUUUCGAAUCGGACAAGCACAUACAGUGCGGCUGAUUCUGAAGUGUUCAAUGAUGCCGAUGCAGGUAGAUGGGGAGCCGUGGGCCCAGGGACCCUGUACUGUCACCAUCACACAUAAGACACAUGCUUUGAUGCUCUACUUCUCUGGAGAGCAGUCGGAUGAUGACAUCUCCAGCACUUCCGAUCAAGAGGACGCAAAGGAAGCCGAGUAGAAGGAGGAGCUGAAGCAGCAUCUGCUCAAACCAGGAGACACGUGUCGGCCACAGGAAGUACUGUCAGCACUCCCGUCUUCGUUUCCUUCCUAGUGUAGUGGGUGUGUAAAGAGCAUUUCCACAGCUAGACCUGAGUGUCACAUACAUACUCAUCUGCGAGACACUCUGGUCGUUUAUUACUAACUGAAAAACACAAAGUUUCACGAAGAUGAAAUGUUCUGCCUGACUGGAUGUUUUAAGACUGGGGCUUGCUCUGCAGGAUGCUCUGUCAGAGUGACAUGUUUGAUAGACAGGGUGUGGGUGAAAAGAUCCUUCCCCCCUUAGUUUCUGAUACGCUGACAACACAACCUGGGAGAAAUGAACUCGCUUUUUGAACUGUCAUGGUUAACACUGGGCUUUUCCUGCAGUGUGCUUCCUGAGAUUUCCCACACCCCAAACCAAAUGGACCCUACCUUCUGAUCUCUAGGAGCCCCUGAGGAGAAAAGGGAAAGAGAGAUGAUACUUAGAAUUUUCACAGUAGUGUAUUUUCUAUCAUCACUUUUAGGUUUCUGGGUAUUUAAUGACCAUACUGAGCUGAAAUGAAAAAAUCUUUUUUUUUUUUUUAAUUGUUUUUGUUUGGACAGUACUGGGGAUUGAACCUGGCUGGGUCCUCUAGAAGGAAGUCUAGACAAAUGCUUUACCAUGGAGCUACACUCCUAGCACGUAUACAUAUAUUAGGUGGAUGAAUCUAAGGUAAGAUUUAGAGCACUUUGGAUUGGAAGCUCUAUCAUUCACCAGCUUCUCUAUUGAUUAAAAGAUGGUGUUGACAAUGGGGAAAAAAUACGUAUAAGGGAAACUUCUGAGUUAGAUUACUUAGUCAAAAAAAAAAAAAAAAAAAUUCCAAACUGACUGCCUUCACAUUGAGUGAGUGGUCUUGUGUUGUGAAAUACUGUAGGGCUUCAGCGGCAUUGCCCUCGGAGAGGGAAGCUCUGUUAAGAUGCUUAUAUCAUAUUUAUUUCCAAGUGAGAAAGAUAUAUAUAUAUUUUUAACUUAAUUUAUUAUUAACCUUGAGGCAUGAUCCUUGUGUUUAGCAUUUACACUGUACUGUACAGCUUUAUUUAGUAGUGUGGUCACAUAAGUGCUGGUCACAGCCACAUAGAACUCUCCCUUGGUUUCCAUGGCAUAUAUACUCACCAUGCUCAUUCCUCAGCCGUUAAAGGGAGGGCACGUGAUGAAGAACUUGAGGUGACUUAACUUUGUUUCAUUGCAGCUCCCCGGGCUCCCCAUUAGAGGGUGCCCUUCUGCUGUUGACAGUGAACUGCGUCUGCAGCUAGCCACACCCAGUGAGCAUCUAGUCCCAUGGGUUUCUGACAAAUGGCAUGCUUGCGCUUGGUGGUCCUGCAUGAAUUAAUUUCUAAAAGACUAGAAUCUAUUCCCAAAACCACCAUCUAUCUCCCUUUUAAUGGUUUAUUAUAGAUCUACAGUCAGUGAAUUGCCAUAAACUUUGAUCUGAGUCACCUUAGGCCUAGACCAUGUUUUUGGAAGGACAACUUAGUAAUGUCUAUUAGUGAGUACAUUAUCUAAGGUAAUUUUGCACUACUAAAUUAACCUCUUCCACCUGUUCCCAGGUGAUGCCAAAUUCUACCAUUGAGAGAUGUUCCACAAGUCUGUCCCCGCUUGCUCAGGCACCUCCUUCACACUGGCUAACUGCAGCCAGUCAUGGGUGUGGACUGAGGGCUUGCAGCUUCCCCCGUGAACUGAUCCUGUUUGGAGUGGAAUGAAAUUCAUCCUUAGAUUCAUGGUCAGGACUGUUAAGAUGUCACCCUCCCUCGGAGGCACUCUUGAAUGUACCUGUAAUUCAUAGUGCUCAUUUGUAGUGGAAACAAAUGGUUAAUUUGGGGCUAUCAAUCGAAAUCAUUAGGGAACUCUAGUUAGAGCAGCCUUGUGUCCCCUUCCCAUGACACACCGUGUUGUUUUUCUGAAGCCUUAGUCACUCAGAUUUCAUUGUGUAGCUUUCCCAGUACCGUGUCACAACACAUACCAGUACUGGUUUACUACAGCUCACACUUUUAGGCACUAGUUCACCCAGCAUUCCGAUAAAUGUAUAGGCAUGUGCCUUGUUUUAAUACAAUUUGUAAGACUUGGUGUUUGCAAGUUAUAUAUUAGGUAGUGGUAGCUUACCUUACCAGGGGUCUGUACUUCACACACUGGUUCACCACCGGAUCCUCUGUUCCGUUUAAAGUUGUCUCAGUAGCAACAUAACUUACGUGUUCUCAGGAAAAACUAUGAACAUCUAUUUUCACAUCGCUUGUCUUUUUCUCCCCUAAUACAUUCCUGACACCUCAUGAGUUUAGUGGCUUAAACACCAAAUACCCGGCAGCUCCUCUAGGUCCUUAGGCAGGUAGCUUCCAGUGCUUGUUACAGCUCAUAGAGUCAGAGGCACUUCUGUCUAGAAUAGAAGUUGUCCAGGAGGAAAGUAACUAACUGAAUUUCUAUGUUUUAGAUUUUCUGUAACUCUUAGCUGUGAACCUAUAAUGUAACUGGUAUUUAUAAAAAUUUGAUAGUGAAACUAUUUAUUUUAUUUUUUUAGGGUAUGAAAAUCUGUAAUAGUUGCCUUUUGAACAUUUUGUGUACCUGGUUGUAACGUAGACUGACUCAGAAAAGUUCUUAUUUGUGCUGUAAACUGAGUACUUCCACCAGCAUGUCAGAAAGAGUCAUUUUCAUCUGUGAUAGGAAGUAAAAUGUUUCUAAUGUACACUGUAGGAUUUUCAAUUUGCACUGACUAGAAAACUUGAAAGGUUAUUAAUUUGCACAUCAGUGUGGACCUAAAUAUAUAAUCUGACCAGAAAGGGCAACAGACUA